AUGCUGUCGGUAUUAAAUAACCCGUUUUAUCUAUCUAUCUAUCUAUCUAUCUAUCUCAGCCUGUUCAAUCUAUCUAUCUAUCUAUAUAUAUAUAUAUCUAUCUAUGUCAGUCUGUUCAUAUAUCUAUCUAUCUAUCUAUCUAUCUAUCAUUCUAUCUAUCUAUCUAUCUAUCUCACCUGUUCAUAUCUAUCUAUCUAUCUAUCAAUCUAUUUCGGUCUCGUCGUUGUCUGUGUACUUAUCAAUUAUUCAUAUCAGUCUGUUCAUAACUAUCUAUCUAAGCCUGUUCAUAUCUAUCUAUCUAUCUAUCUAUCUAUCUAUCUAUCUAUCUAUCUAUCUAUCUAUCUAUUUCGGUCUCGUCGUUGUCUGUGUAUUUAUCAGUUAUUCAUAUCAGUCUGUUCAUAUCUAUCUAUCUAUCUAUCUAUCUAUCAAUCUAUUUCGGUCUCGUCGUUGUUUGUGUAUUUAUCAGUUAUUCACAUCAGUCUGUUCAUAUCUAUCUAUCUAUCUAUCUAUCUAUCUAUCUAUCUAUUUCGGUCUCGUCGUUGUCUGUGUAUUUAUCAGUUAUUCAUAUCAGUCUGUUCAUAUCUAUCUAUCUAUCUAUCUAUCUGGCUUAUACGAUUGACAACGAUUCUAUCUAUCUAUCUAUCUAUCUAUCUAUCUAUCUAUCUAUCUAUCUAUGUCUCUUCGUUGUCUGUGUAUUUAUCAGUUAUUCAUAUCAGUCUGUUCAUAUCUAUCUAUCUAUCUAUCUAUCUAUCUAUCUAUCUAUCUAAGCCUGUUCAUAUCUAUCUAUCUAUCUAUCUAUCUAUCUAUCUAUCUAUCUAUCUAUCUAUCUAA